CAGCGCUCUUACUGAAACCUGAAAACAAGAAAUCUGACGCUCUGAGGCAUUAAUUAUCGAUCUUCAGUCUGUGAAGCAGCACCUCAAUCCUACAAACACUGCACACGAUGUCGUCUACUGCCCACCACACCCACCGAGCCCUUAUCUACGACAGUCCUGGCAAUGUUUCGACUAAAAUCGUGGAACUCGAGACACCUGAACCAGGAAUGGGCGAGAUAUUGGUGAAAAUCACUCAUACUGGGGUAUGCUAUUCGGACAUGAGUAUUAUGUUAAACUCGUGGGAAGGAAUGCAUGCUAAGGUUGGCCAAGUCGGGGGCCACGAGGGUGUCGGUACAAUCGCCAAGCUAGGCCCUUCCUGCGAUCAUGCGAAUGUCAAACUGGGAGACCGGGUAGGUAUCAAGUGGACUGCGUCAGCAUGCGGGAAUUGUGACCCAUGCAUGGCCGGUGCCGAUGGUAUAUGUGUGAAGCAAAAGGUCUCCGGAUAUCAUUGCCCCGGUACAUUCCAGGAGUAUGUCCUCUCACCAUGUCAUUAUGUGACACCCAUUCCAGAUGGGGUUCCUAGCGACAUCGCGGCGCCGCUGCUAUGUGGUGGCUUGACGUCAUACAGUGCCCUUAAGAAGAGCAGGGCCCAACCAGGGGACUGGGUGGUCAUUGCAGGAGCUGGCGGUGGCUUAGGGCACCUUGCCCUUCAAAUAGGCAGUAGAUCAAUGGGAUUCCGAAUCAUCGGUUUGGACGUUGGUGGCAAAGAGGAGUUCGUCAAAAGCUGUGGCGCCGAAGUCUUCAUCGAUGUUUUGAAGAAGGGGGAAGGUGAGGCCGAGGACAGGGUUACAACGGAGAUUAUGAGAAUAACAGGAGGAGGCGCAGCUGCAGUUGUUGUUUGUAGCGGCAGCAACGCAGCUUAUGCACAGGCCUUGAGCUAUCUAAAGUUCAAUGGCACGCUUGUUUGUGUUGGAGUUCCGGCCGAACCUGUUGCAAUUGCUAAUGCCAUACCCGGGGCAAUGGUGGGGAAGCAGUUGAACAUUGUCGGCAGCACGGUGGGAAAUCGCAAAGAGGCAAUGGAGAUUCUUGACUUAGCCAAGCGCGGGUUGGUUAAGACAGCUAUACGCAAGGAGAAAAUGGAAAAUAUGAGUUCGGUUUUUCGCGAUAUGAAGGCGGGCACAUUACAAGGAAGAGUUGUUAUUGAAAUAGCACCAGAGAGUUAG